UUUCAUUCGUUGUUUAUCCAAGCUGUUGAAGAAGAAAUAAAGAUGCAGAAACCGGAGCUUUUCGCCGUCUUUUUUGUCUUCAGCUUCCUCAUUGUUCCUCGACCCAGAAUUUGUUUGGCUGCUGAAUCCGAUCACCAAGAUGAAGAUUACCUCAAGUUCGUAGCCGAUGCGAAUAAAUUUCCUGCAAAAGAGUAUUAUGAUUAUAUAAUAGUAGGCGGAGGAGCAGCUGGUUGUCCUCUUGCUGCCACUCUAUCAACACAUUACUCUGUUUUACUUCUCGAAAGGGGUAGUUCACCUUAUGAAAAACCAGAAGUUUUACGACAAGAGAAUAUUAUCAACAACAUCUUAGAAACAGAUGAUAAAGACUCACCUGCCCAGGCUUUCAUUUCUGAAGAUGGUGUGCCAAAUGUACGAGGAAGGAUCCUAGGCGGUGGAACCAUGAUAAAUUUUGGUUUUUACACGAGAGCCGACCCACACUUCUAUGUAGAAUCUGGCAUCGAGUGGGACAUGAAUCUUGUCAAUGAGUCAUAUAAAUGGGUUGAAGAGACAAUUGCCUUUAAACCCAGCGUAGGAACAUGGCAAUCUGAUGUGAAAGAAGCUUUACUUGAAGUUGGUAAUGGGCCUUAUAAUGGGUUUACAUUUGAUCACGUUAUUGGAACGAAAAUUGGCGGAACAAUCUUUGAUGGGAAUGGGAAGCGGCAUGGCGCAGCUGAGCUUCUGAACAAAGCUGUAUCAAAGAACAUUCGAGUGGCCAUUCAUGCCACAGCCGAGAGAGUGCUUUUCUCCUCAAAAUCAUCAGGUUUGUCAGCUGCUGGAAUCAUCUAUAGUGACUCAAAGGGCAGGUUACACCGAGCUAUGCUAAAACCCAAAGGAGAAGUCAUUUUGAGCGCUGGCACACUUGGUAGCCCCCAACUUUUGUUAUUAAGUGGGGUUGGUCCAAAGCCAUAUUUAUCAUCCUUAAACAUUCCCGUCGUGAAGCAUCAUGCUUCAGUUGGCCAACUUCUAGCCGACAAUCCUCGUUUUGAUGUUAACUUUGCUCCUCCAUUUGAAGUAGAGGAUUAUGGGAAUGGAAUUGUAGGCAUAACAGAAGAUUAUUACAUCUUAGUCUCAUGUGGUUCUAUCCCUUUCGAUUCCCCAGUAAGCUCUAUGCUCUUCCCAGACCCAUCCCCUCCAGUCAACUUCACCGUAUUAUCUAUUCUUCAUAAUCUAGCAAGGCCGCUCUCAACUGGUUCACUUCAUCUAGCUUCAUCCACAAACAUUAAGGCUACUCCGAAGGUUUGGUUUAACUACUUCUCCAACCCAGUAGACUUAGCUAACUGUGUGUUGGGAGUGAAGAAUAUUGACAGGGUGAUGAGUUCCAAACCAUUGGAAAAGUACAAGAUUCAAGGCAAGGAUGGUGGCAGAAAAUUUAAAUUUGUGGGACGAUCUUUGCCAGAAAAUAAAACCGAUGAUGCAGCGUUUGAAACGUUCUGUCGAAAAAUGUUGACUACUAUCUACCAUUACCAUGGUGGUUGUGUGGUGGGGAAGGUGGUUGAUUCUCGUUUUAGGGUUCUGGGAAUUGAUUCCCUGAGAGUUGUCGAUGCAUCUACAUUCACAUCCUGCCCAGGAAGCAAUCCUCAAGCUACUGUCAUGAUGCUUGGCCGCUAUGUUGGCCUCAGAAUGCUGGAAGAGAGAGAGUCUUGAUACGUGGGGCAAAGAUUGAAAUCUCAGUUCCCUUCUACUUUAAUUUUGUCACUUGAUUCAAUAUAUUAAUUAAGAGUUUGACAUUGUCAGCAGCUACUUUAACAUACAGAGUACUGUAAUAAAAGGCUUCCAUUGAAGGAGCCAAAAUAUAAAAGAAAAAGUAGAGAGGGAGAAGGAAUAAAGAAGUAGGUGUAUUUGCUCAAAUUUCACUGCUUCUUCUCACUUGUUUCUCAUCAAACACAAUUUUUCUCUUCUUCAACUUCCAUGUUA